AUGAGUGACGGUCAGAGUGAGGAUACCUUUCAUACGACAUUAGGUGUAUUAUAUGAAAAGCCUAAUAAAGUUGGAGAUAUUGAAUCUUUUUAUCCAUAUCAUAUUGAAAAAGUAGAUACUUUUGAAGAAGAUAGGUAUAGGAAUUUAUUAUGUGCAGCAUAUGCAUUAAUGGCUAUAAUAGCUGAUGCUCCAUAUUUUAUGAUUGUAUCGAUGGCUGAUUAUUUUAAAAGUACUUUUAAUGUAAGUGACAUUAUGAUAAACGAAUUUGCCUUAAUGGAAAGUUUAAUAUUGAUUGUUGUAUGUUCAUUAUUACAUUUAAUUGGAAGUUAUCGGUUAAAAUGGAAUUUGCUUAUGCCUAUAUUUAUGACAAUAAUAUUAGUUAUAUUAAAUUUAGUUGUUUAUUUUAAAACUGACUACAUUGGACAUAAGAUUAUAAUAUUCAGUGCUAUACCUCUUGGUUUAGUAUCUUGUAUAUCUAAAAUGACAACUAUGAAAAUAUGUGUUUUGUUUAAACAUGCCUAUUGUAGUGCAUAUGUAUGUGGAUUAUCUUUUUCUGGUUUUAUAGUAUUUAUAAUAUAUGUGUUAGGGGCCUAUGUAUUUUUUCCGAAUGAUGAACUGAAAUUUUUUAAGAUGUUUACUUUUUUUUGUGUAACUAUUUGUUUAUUAGCAUUAACAUGUUUUUCUAUCCUAUACCGACUAUACAAGAAAACAUUUGUGAGAAUAUUAGAUGAAAAAUAUAAAGAUAAGGGAUUAAAAAUUAAUAAAAAAAUAUUUUAUGAUUCUAUAAAAUCAAUGAAAAUAUUGUGGCCAUAUAUGUUGAUUGCAUAUUUUACAAGUUUUUUGACUUAUCAAAUUUAUCCAUCCAUAUUUCCAACUUAUAUGAAUGUUAGUAAAGAAUUAAAAGGAACAUUAGCUGGAUUUUUAUUAUUUGGUGAUUCUAUAGCUCACCUUUUAGUUCAUUAUAGAAGAAAGCAGUUUUUAAAAACAGAUUUUUCUACUUUAGUAUUUUGCACAUUGUUCAGGGUAUUUUUCUUACCCAUAUUUUUAUUUUUACCAAGCCUUCAUUAUACACAUAACUUUAGUUAUAUUAUGCUGAUUAGCUUUUCAUUUUUAUUUGGACUAAUGAAUGGAUUGGUGAAUAAUUCAAUUUUUUUGAAAGCACCAGAAACAUGUAAAGAAGAAAACAAAUACGAAUAUAUUCAAUUAACUCCAAAUAUACUUUACUUAUGUUUAAUACUUGGAAUAACCAGUGGGUGUUUAUUAUCCAAGGUUCAUGUAAGAAUUUUGAAUUUAAUUUAA